AUGGCUUCUACCUAUGCACAGGGAGCUCAGCCUACAAAGACUCCCAGCUCUUCAUCUUCCACCUAUUCUGCUACAGAAAGGUCCCAGAAUCAACACCCCUUGUCAACACACUCCCAAUAUACAUCUUCCUCUUACUCCUCCCGCACCCCAUGGUACACCACCACCCCGGUCAGACAAGAGGUGGCACGUCCUCCAAGUAUCUGCUCUCUUGACAAUGACAGUCCAAUAAACUCACCAAGUUCCUCAAAAGUAGGAGAGUCUGGGAAUGGUGAAGAGGGGGCCUCAAUGUUCAGUGUGGACCCUGAUGCUAGAUGGUCAGAGACAUCCUUGGGUAGCCUAAAAAACCAUAGAGCAGACCUCAACAAUGGCUACUGUAGUGUGUCCAAAAUGUCAUUGUGGGGAGAGCCUAGUGUUCGCAAUAGCAACAACAGCAGUGGAGGAGACAAUGGCUGCUUCUGGCUUUCCUCCUCUUUCCAAGAUCACUUGCCCCCAUCUUGCCCCAAAAGACAUACAAGCGAUGGGAGUGCACGUUCAACUGCAGGCUUAGAGGAAGAAUACAGCCACCCACAGCAUCUCUUGACGCAAUGGGACAAUGUUGAAAAUAAAGCACUGCAGAAGGAUGAGGUGAAUGGAAAAGAGAAAGGAGCAGAUGCAGAGGAAGGAGCAGUUGGUUUAGAUGUCCUUGCAGCUGGCCGUCCUUGGCAACUCCAAGAUGAAACAUUACAUGGACAUUCAGUCAUUGAAAACAGUUCAGUACCUAUGGGUCAACCAAGUGGUGUUGAAAAUCAAGAAAAAGUUCAUUCCAAAAGGGAUCAAGAGAACUUGUACAAGAUUAAGGAGAAACUGCUUCUGGAGGAUUCCAGUGACGAAGAGGGUGACCUGUGCCGUAUCUGCCACACAGGGGAGAAAUCUGCUGCCAACUCUUUGAUUCAACCAUGCCGUUGUACAGGCAGUGUGCAGUAUGUCCACAAGGAAUGCAUCAAGAGGUGGAUUAUGUCCAAAAUAACCUCAAGAGCAAACCUCAAGGCCAUCACAACAUGUGAACUCUGCAAGGAGAAGCUGUGCUUAGACGUAGACAGCUUUGACAUUCCGGAGUUACACAGGACACAUGUCCAGUCUGAGAGUGAUGAUGAUGAGGGUGAUGAGCUCAUCAGCCGCGGCCUCCAUUUGCUGGUGCUGCUGCGUCUCUUUGAAGAGAGGUACUCCAAUUCCCUGGGAACUGUUGAUGCAAUCAGCUUGGAGAGCAUCCAUCAUAAUCUCUUGGACCUCCUUAUAACUCUUACUGAGGGAAGUGAUGGGGAAGACAACAGCAUGUCAAAUGAGUUUUCUGACCUGGAUGAUGAUCUUGAAGAGGACUGGUAG